AUGAUGACGUCCGUGUAGGGACUUCGUGAACAUCAUGGCGGCUCAUGCUAGCGAGCUUGAGAUUGCGAAGAAAAAUUUAACGGAUGCAAUUGGCGAUAAUGUCAAGCAUUACUGGGCCAACCUGAAGCUAUGGUUCAAACAAAAGAUCAGUAAAGAGGAGUUUGACGUCGAGGCACGUCGUCUGCUGGCACAGGAGAAUGUCCAUGUUCACAAUGAUUUUCUCCUGGCCAUUCUCACACGCUGCCAGAUCAUCGUCUCCACGCCAGAGGGCGCAGGGCCAUUACAGUGGCAAGGUGGCUCUGCUUCAAAGCCUGGCAAACCAAAAGGGAAGAAGAAAUGUUCCUCGAGACAAAAAUUUGAUCAUCGUUUCCAGCCUCAGAACCCUCUGAGCGCUGCCCAGCCUUUCAGUCCACGGGAGGUGGGAGGUGAGGAGGAGGAGCUGCGUCUCAGUGCCCACACUCUGCUGCUGCCCACGCGAGGCCAGCUGGAGGCCCGCAUGAUGGUGACGGCCUUUGAGCUGGGCCUGGAUAACAUCACAGACGAUGCCGUCAGCACCAUGAUCUAUGCUAUUGAGCAACACUUGAAAGACGUCUUGACUGCUGUAAUCACCCGGAGGAAGGCGUAUCGGUUACGAGACGGUCAUUUCCCCUAUGCCUUUGGCAGUUAUGUCACGCCGCAGCCUUAUCUGAAAAACAGCCUUGCUGCUUACCACAGUGUCACUGAAUGUCCCCCUCCAAGUGCUUCCCUCCCUGCUGGCCCACCACCUCAAGUGUCACCCGAUGACGCAGAGCAACAAGCUGUUCACUUAUUGGCUUGUUCUGCUGACAUGCUCCCCGCACCCCUCCCUCCAAUAAACAUGUUUGAUCUCCUGGAGGCUUUACAGGUUCACCACGGUGUGAUGCCCUCCCACACUAUGUACGCCCUGAACAUGGAGCGCAUCCUGUCCCGGCUCUGGCACCCCAGCCACGAAGAACUAGAGCAGGACCACGUGCACCGGCAGCGCCUCGGUGCGAAAGACGGCGUGCUCGUCAGCUGAGAUCCACUGACACGGGACUGUGUAUGAACUGGGCAUCAUCAGGAACCAAACACAGAAAUAACCCCCACAUGGAAAUGGAUGGGGAGCAGUGUGUCCAAAAAAAAAACUGAAUUCCUUUUUAUAAUACCUGGAAAAUAACAUCCCCCGUUGCACAGAAAGAUAAAGCAUGAGUGGAGCGAGAUGAAACAAAACAGUUGGACAGUGGACACAGAGUGGGCAGUCAACUCCAGCCAGUAACUGGCAAAUUAGAGCUGUAGCUGGUUUAUUUUUGUCUCUUCCAACAGCCAUUUUGGCAGUCGACCAAUCAUCAUUUAGAGCUUCUGAUGUAUAGCGAGAAUCUAAUUUGGUGGUAAAAUAUUGAAAGUGUUGAGGAUAUACCAACAGCUUACAAGCACUGAUGAGAAAAAUAAGGUGCUGGGUCUGGUUGCACAGUGUUAAUGUUUAGGUGUAUGUGGGUUAGAGGCUUGUUUGUGUUGUCAGAUAUGAGCCACAAACAAACAUCCUGAGAAUACCAAACCAUUGAUAUCUAAUCAUGUAGCACUGUGUACAUGACCAGGUAACAACAUAUUGUAUUGUAUUGUAUAUGCUAUACACAGGUGUUUUCAUUUCGUCUGAUUAGACCUCAAGAAUGAUAAAGAAGGAAAUCAGCCCGCCUUAACAGGUCAAACAGACGCAUCAAGGGUCGUCUGUACAGGGGGAGGUUUACUGUGGUUGUGGGUUUACUGUGGGCGUGUAGGCUCUUUAAAAUGUGCCGGACAGCUGCCUCCUGUGCCGUCACGCCCCUCGUGAACAUAUCUUGAAAUUGUCUUGUGUUCCUUAAGCAUUUACUGGUGUCUGGUUUAAGGCCCGUGACUUUCCAUCAGUGUAGUUGGUCCACAAUGUGUGUGAGAGAAGAAGCUGACUCUGUGCACUUGAAUAUCUGUUCGCCAUGUUCGUGUGCCACACCAGGUUCAAGUGUGUAUAAAUUUGUACUUUUCUUUUUUUUUUUUCUACACAAAGCUUGUUUGUAAUUUAUACCACUGACAGUAAGUUCAGAAAAUAAAUAUUUUUUUUUU